UCCCCGGGGGACCGCAGCGGGCUGAGCGGCUCUGCUGGUGUCAGGGCCGGGCGAACGCUGGCAGUUCCGCGGCGGGGAUGCUGAGGCGCGCUGGGUCCGCGAGCAGCCCUGGCCACUGCGGACUUCCGAGGCGCUAAGGGCCGUGAAAACCCCGGCGCCGCGGCCAAUCAGAGGCUCCUACGGCCAUUCACCGUUCCAGAAGCGGGACUGAGUGAGAGUCCAGCGCAGCAGCGGCGGUUCCCGAUUUCUGGGCUUUCGGAGCGUUCUGGAAUCACGAGAGGCACCCCAGGGUUCUAGAACCUCCCCAGCAGCCCCCGGUCCCGGCUUCCUGCGUGCAUCGGUCCAACGCCCCCUCCGGGUGCCCGGGUCGUCUCCGAGCCGCGGCUCCGUCCUGGCGCACACUAUGAUCGUUGCGGACUCCGAGUGCCGCGCUGAGCUCAAGGGCUACCUGCCGUUCGCCCGGGGCAGCGGCGGCGGCGGCGCCGGGGCCGAAGAGGGACAGAGGGAGAGCCGGGUUCGGCGAGGCCCUCGAGGGCCCAGCGCCUUUAUCCCUGUGGAGGAGGUCCUUCGGGAGGGGCCUGAGAGCCUGGAGCAGCACCUGGGGCUGGAGGCGCUGAUGUCCUCAGGGCGGGUGGACAACCUGGCGGUGGUGAUGGGCCUGCACCCCGACUACCUGAGCAGCUUCUGGCGCCUGCACUACUUGCUGCUGCACACGGAUGGGCCCCUGGCUAGCUCCUGGCGCCAUUAUAUUGCCAUCAUGGCUGCCGCCCGCCACCAGUGCUCCUACCUGGUGGGCUACCACAUGGCCGAGUUUCUGCAGACUGGCGGUGACCCUGAGUGGCUGCUGGGCCUCCACCGUGCCCCUGAGAAGAUACGCAAAUUGAGUGAGAUCAACAAGCUGCUGGCACAUCGGCCAUGGCUCAUCACCAAAGAGCAUAUCCAGGCCCUGCUGAAGACGGGUGAGCACAGCUGGUCCCUGGCCGAGCUCAUCCAGGCCCUGGUCUUGCUCACCCACUGCCACUCACUGGCCUCCUUCGUGUUUGGCUGUGGCAUCCUCCCUGAGGGGGACCCAGAGGGCAGCCCUGCUCCCCAGGCGCCUUCACCACCCAGUGAGCAAAGCAGCCCCCCCAGCAGGGACCCGUUGAACAACUCUGGGGGCUUUGAAGCUGCACGCGAUGUGGACGCUCUGGUGGAACGCAUGAGGCAGCUGCAGGAGAGCUUGCUGCAGGACGAAGGGGCAUCCCAGGAGGAGAUGGAGAGCCGCUUUGAGCUGGAGAAGUCGGAGAGCCUGCUGGUGACCCCUGCAGCUGACAUCCUGGAGCCGUCUCCAUGCCCAGACAUGCUUUGCUUUGUGGAAGACCCCACUUUCGGAUAUGAGGACUUCACCCGACGAGGGGCUCAGGCACCCCCCACCUUCCGAGCCCAGGACUAUACCUGGGAAGACCAUGGCUACUCACUGAUCCAACGGCUCUACCCCGAGGGUGGGCAGCUGCUGGACGAGAAGUUCCAGGCAGCCUAUAGCCUUACUUACAACACCAUCGCCAUGCACAGUGGUGUGGACACCUCCGUGCUCCGCAGGGCCAUCUGGAACUACAUCCACUGUGUCUUUGGUAUCAGAUACGAUGACUACGACUAUGGGGAAGUGAACCAGCUCCUGGAGCGGAACCUCAAGGUCUAUAUCAAGACGGUGGCCUGCUACCCAGAGAAGACCACUCGGAGGAUGUACAACCUCUUCUGGAGGCACUUCCGCCACUCAGAGAAGGUCCACGUGAACUUGCUGCUCCUGGAGGCCCGGAUGCAAGCCGCCCUGCUCUACGCCCUCCGGGCCAUCACCCGUUACAUGACCUGAUCCCCAUGCUACCUGGGUCUGGAGCCGCUGACCCUGGGGGUCCUGCAAGGACUUCUCUGGAGACAGACCCAGACCCAUUUGCUGCCCCACGCCCAUCCACUCUAGGGGUGGGCUUGUGUGUGAUGUGCAGCCCCAGAGCCACACCCUCUUUUUUCACUGGAAUGGACAGGAUCAUUGCACUGACUCUGGGAUCCCAGCUCUGCCCCUGGGAGCUGGAAGGAACUAGGAGACCCCGAUGGGCCAAGUCCCUCUUCCAGCCUGGACCCCCACAGUUGGAGGGCACAGGAAGGAAAAAGGGUCCAGCUGGGACUCAUCAACACCAUGAGUGCUAUUGGCUCCCUGGACGGGGAAGUCCCUGGCUAGGCCCCCAGGGAGAGGGGCCACACCUCCAGGGACUGACACUCCAGGCAGCUUUGCCCUCCCUUCCCCCCAUUUCCAGAUUUCAUUACCUCCCACUUGUCAUUCACCCAUCAAUGUGAACGCCAGGUCACAGCUGGUCUGUGCCCAGCUCCCCAAAAGCCCCUUGUUCUCUGGUUGCCCUAAACCUAGUGCAGUUAUUUGGCCGCCUUCUCCCUCUUAUCCUUUUCUCUCAGGCCUGCUGGUGUGGGGGCCCCAGGAGAGAGGCCAAGCACAUCAAAAAAAGUAGAUUUUUUUUCUGGAGAGUUUGGGCCUCUGCUGGUCACUGCCUUCUGAAGAAGAGAGAGUAUUAAAUUAUAAAUUUUUGACUUUUUGGUCCUUUAUGGUUGAGAUUCAAAGCUCCUUAGGGCCUUUCCCCCUGGAACCACAGUCAGUGCUUGAGGGGAGGGAGAGAGAGAAUUCUUUCCCCUAGAGCUGCAGGUGCCCCGCAGGGGCUGGCACCCUUCUCUCCUAUCACCCCUGUUGUAGAUGUUUGCAGAAAGUUGAGCCUUCCUAGGGGGCUCACGGUCCCGUGGCCAAGUGAGUGCCACUGGCCAGGUGACCACAGCUACAUUGCGAAACUGCUUUGACUGUUUCCACAGUUGCAAACUGAGGGGUGGGACAAGAUUUCUAAGAUGUCAGACCCUUCACCCUGGAAUUCCCAGGCCAACCGCCCAGCAGCGAACGGAUUUCCUUGCAGGAUCUCGAAGGCUUUUGGGGACCCUUCCCUCCACUCCUGCAGUCUGUCUUCUGGCUGCCUUCCAAGGACCGCUGCCCCUAUCCCAGUUUCUGUCCCCUCUCCUUGAUUUUAGGUAGGUUGCUUGGAGGCAGAAGCAGCCAAGGACUGAUCCUACGCACUUUCUGUAGUAAACAAGCUGUGAAUUCUGACAUCACCUGCCCUUCUUCCCACGGCGUGUGCCUCCUCUCCGGCCAGGUGGGAGGAGUCUGAGGCAAGGCAAGGGCCACGACGCUGCUGCUUCUGACCUCCUCCCUGGGUGGGGCAGGAGAGGAGCCCGGUCAGCAUGCCACAUUUCAUUCCUGUGCAGGCACAGGGAAGCAACUGGCACCCCCUUCAAGCCUCCAGCCCCUCCCCACAAAGAAGCCAGGCAGGAGGGAAGGGACCCCAGCAUGGGGUUUGGGUUCUGUAGGGGACCUGGUGACUCUGUGAACGUCCUCCGGGUGGGUGGGGAAGGGUAGUCCGUGUUCAAGUGCAGAAAUCUUUGGCUUUGCUACCUGUUCUGUAAGAUGACAAAUAAAGGUUCACUGAGGUUUUGUUUUGUACUCCUUGUUAAUGGGCUGUUUUUCCAUUUCCUGAGGGUCAUAGUUCACCUCCUAGCACAACCAGGGAGCUGUGAUUGCAUCAUGAACCU